CUGGCCAUCAAAUUCUUCAUCCAGAAGGACAUCCCGCAGGAGAUCCAAGCCGACGUUUGCGAGACCAUUGCUGCCCUCGGGGGAAGAGUAGAGGCAAAGGUACCACGUGCGGGAUACAUACUCGUUCAACCAGGAACUGCAGAAGAGGAGAGGUUGCGCCUAUGUUGGAACACUCCCGACCGCCCGGACCGACACUUCGUGCCUUAUACAUAUGUAGAGGCUUGCAAGAUUCAUAGCAUGCUGCUUAAACAAAUAUUCGUACAUGAGGGUCAGCCCAUCCGAAUGCACAUUGACUCAAGUAUCGCGAACAUCAAUGUCCGGGCAACGCUUAGUACUCGUAUCAUGCACUCAGGUGGUGAUCCGACUGCCUCGGCUCAAUCCGCACGAGUGAUUCUCGCAGACCCUAACACCGAAGUCUUCCAACAUCUUGUGAAGACUUAUCAAGGAGAGCCUGAGAAAUUCGUAGAAUCUUAUCUCUGGGUCAGGAAGUGCAUUGAGAAGGGACAGGUUAUCUACACACCUGUAGUAUACAAGAAUCCUGGUGGGAGACGGCCUGGCGAGGAACGCACACAGUUCACAGAACAAGAUGAAGAAAAUCUGUGCAACUGGAUAGCGGCUAAGAUCCCCUACAAAGAGACCGGAGGUAGGACAGGCAACCGCCUCUACCAACAGCUGUGCGAGCAGGCAAGUGAACCCGAAUUCGCGUGGGUAACACGGCAUACUUGGCAAUCAUGGCGCGAACGAUACAAAAAGAAUAUGGCGCGUCUUGAUGUAAAGAUUGCCGAGGUCGUGGAACAGAAAAAGCCCGCUCAUGGUGAGAAGGGGCAAUAUGGCUACGUACGCAAGCCGGAGGAGAAGCCUAGACGUACUCGCAAGAAGGCACGCACCAACUCUACAGGAGCUGGACCUUCCCAGAUAACAGAUGAAAUGCGAGAACUUGAGAACUUCCCGCCAGUCCCGGUCCCGGUCGCUGCCGGCAUUCUACAGGCGGUGGGCGUGCCCAAUGAUCCCUUCAACUGCCUACUGUACCCCAGUCCACAGGCCGUCUUCCCGCCGCAUAUACCUGUCCCGGGUGCUGGCCCAAUGGACCCGGCCAUAGCGCGCCAGCAUGCGACAGAGGAGGAAAUGGAAGAUGAUGAAGUUGAAUGGCAGAUUCGGGAAGGUGACCCUGAUGUGCCUCAGCCUCCAUGGGCGAAAAGGAAACUGGAGGAUGAUGGCAAUGAUACGAAUAAGAGACAAAAAAUCAGCGAUGGAGAGUCGACCUCUGCUGGAAUGCACAUUGUCGACAGGACUGUCCGUGAUAUUGCGCGGGAAUUCCGCUUUACUGUCGAAGAAGUAAAGGAGUAUUACGACAAGUGCGGCGACGCCGAUCGAACAAGAACACGCUUCAAGAGGAUGCGCGACGUACUCUCAGCAUUGGAUGACGAUGAGCCAACACCUGUGGCUGGACCAUCUGCGGCGGCGUCUGCACCUGAGCAGGCCGUGACCACGGUUCUUGUGCCCGACCUUCCUGUAGGUGCGGUUCCUGUGUCUGAUCUUGCUUCAGUUGUCCCCCUUCCUGUCGAAUCCCGCCCCCUGUAA